GAAAAACUUUUCAACCACAUCUUUUCCUCUUCCUUUUACUUUUAUUCCAUUAUAUUUCAUACUCAACCACUCAAAUGUCUAUUCACGAGUGCUCUCAGCAAAUGGAAUGCUUCCUGCGUGAACUUCCAAAGUGUGAGCACCACCUCCACUUAGAAGGGACGCUUGAGCCAGAUCUCUUGUUUCCAUUGGCCAGUAGAAACAACAUUCAGCUCCCAGAUAACUUCCCGAAGACUGUCGAAGAGUUGAAUAAGAGAUACAGCCAGUUUGCAGAUCUCCAGGACUUUUUAGACUUUUACUACAUUGGAACAAAUGUGCUGGUUCAGGAAGACGACUUCUUCGAUUUAGCAUGGGCUUACUUCCAAAGGGCCAAGAGUGACGGGCUGUGGCACUGUGAGGUGUUCUUUGACCCACAAUCACAUACAGAAAGAGGGAUCGAUCUUGACGUCGUUGUGAAGGGAUUUCAAAGGGCUUGUGACAAGGCUCAAAGUGAGCUGGGUAUCACAACUCAGCUCAUCAUGUGUCUUUUGAGACACUUGCCUUCACAAUCAGGCUUAGCCACUAUUGAGUCUGCAAGGGAACAUAUAGCGAAUGGUACAAUUCAUGCCUUGGGGUUGGACUCUGCAGAAAAACCAUUCCCACCGCAGCUGUUCUGUGACUGUUAUUCUAGGGUUAAGGAGAUCAACCCAAGUAUCCAAUUGACUGCACACGCAGGUGAAGAAGGUGACGCAGAUUUUGUGACAAAUUCCCUUAAUCUAUUGAAUGUCACUAGAAUAGAUCAUGGGAUCAACUCGGUCCAUGACGAUAUACUUAUUAAGAGAUUGAGCGAUAAUCAGACUUUGCUCACAGUCUGUCCGCUCUCCAACGUCAAGUUACAAGUCGUCAAGGAUGUUUCAGAGUUACCAUUACAGAAGUUGCUCGAUGCCAAUGUUCCAUUCAGUCUAAACUCUGACGAUCCCGCAUACUUUGGAGGUUACAUCUUAGACAACUAUGUAGCCGUACACACAAGAUUCGGGUGGUCUAUAGACACAUGGGCUCAGGUUGCCGUGAAUGCUAUCAACGGUUCUUGGUGUCAUCAAGACCGCAAGGAUGAGAUACUAAGGGAAAUUGCCAACGUUGUUGAGAAGCAUAGACCAAUUAUAGAGAAAAUUAGUGCAUGAUUAGAAUAUAUUAAAGGACAAAAGCGAUAAAUCAUUUAGAGAUCAACUCAUCGUAUUGACCACCAUUCAACUCUUCAAAAAACUCUGUCGUAGCACUGCUGAAUCUCUUGAGACCUUCAAUUAGAGCGUCAUUAUCACUGACUGCAGCAAUCGUGGUUCUAAUAAAAUUACCGUUUUUGAUAG